AUGCCUGACCCGGGAGAGAUAUACGAUGAUGCCAUGGAUCUUGGUCUACGCCUGUGGCUGAUGGUAGACUGCAGUUGGAUCCAGACAACCGGAACGCCGUGGAUCUGGCCAGAAGGCAUGACAAUUCAAACCUAUGUCGCUGCAUGGUUUGAUCCUCCGCCAGCAGAUCCGCAAGACGACAAGAAGCGGUUCCCUCGCAAAUUCACUGCCGACAACUUGGAAAGGAUCGCAGGCAUUCGAGUGACAUGGACGGACUUCCUGUCCGAGCAUCUUGCCCUUAACGGGAACAACGAAGAAAUCAGCAUUUUCAAGCAUAGGGAAUGGUUACAAACACUGAGUGAUUCGCGAACGAGCGACAGUGUGUCCGCCCAGACUGUGAAGAUGAACGGUCCCGCGACGUCUGAUUCCUGUGGCCUACCAACGGAACUGCUCGACGAGACUCUCCGCAGCAUCGAGCUCUUGUUCCCACUGACAGAUGAAGCGACAAACGAGUUCCUGAAGCGGCAAGGUAUGGACAUAUCGGCCUUUCAGGUGGAGCCCAAUAGCGGUGGAGCCCCUCGACGAGCACCCAGAUUGCGGGAAUUCCGCUAUUGGAGAGAGCAGCUCCUGGACCUGAUAGAAGAGUACGAGUCUCCACCGCGGCAUUCGAGGAAAAUCUGGAGGGAUAGAAGGAAUCCCAUGGCCUUCUGGACCUUCUGGAUCGGUAUCGUCAUCUUCUUCUCCACCUUGGCAUUUGGCCUGAUCGCUGCUGUGCUUGCUGGAGUCACCAUUGGCGAUGAGAGGAAUGGAAGACUGAGCGAUGCGAGAGUCAACUCUUCGACGAUUGUUUAG